AGAGGGCGAGGUCUUGGUAGAGCCAGGCUGUAUCAGUCCGUGACACUCCAGCCAGAGGCGAUGCCGACGGCUGCCGGAGAAAGCCGGGCUUAGAGCGCCACCGUUCCACGCCCGCCGCCGGCCUCUCAGCCCAGCCGGUCGCCGCAACCUCGCCUCUUCCGCAGGGCGGGGCCAGCCAUGAAAGGCGGGGCGGGUCUGGCCACGGGGCGACCGAGAUGGCGGCCUCCGGGGGCCUAGAGGGACCCUGGGCGUGCACUCGCCCUUCCGGCUCGGCCUUUAGUUAGUGACCAGCUCCUCGGCGUUCUGCAGAGCGUGGGUUUCAGCGAGUUCUACGUGCCAGGUCCGCCCGGUGCCGGCUUCCUCGCUGCCCCUGGCGGCUCGUCAGCCCCCACUACCCCUGAACUUGGUCCCAAUGGCGGCCCGCCCCUCCUUCACCCGGACCGUGGGCAUCUGGGCCUCGCCGAAGCCGCCAAGGUGGCUGCUCGGGCUUCUAGAGCCCGUGUCCAGCCCUUUGCCACCGAGGCCUGAUCCUCUUUUCUGCCCUAAAGAACUUGCCCUGACAGCCUCUGGCUCCCGCUCUUGAGGAUCUUGCUUGUCCAAACCCAGAAGACAGUGCAUGAAGCCAGGGGACAUCCGCCAUGCUCCAAACAACUUGGCCUCAGAUGUUUUGGGGAUUCUAGUAGCCCUUGGGUUUGAUGACUUCAGAGGAGAGUUUUGCAAUCACCAGCCUCCAGAAAUACUGGUAGCGUUUCCAUUCCCCAAACCUGCUCUGAUCUCCCACCUGGAGAGAGGGGAAGCACCAUGGGGCCCAGAUCCCUGGGACACCGAGAUUCUGAGAGGCAUCAGUCAAGGUGGUGAGUCCUGGAUCAAAAAUGAAGGGCUAGUUAUAAAGCAGGAAGCCUCUGAAGAAACAGAGUUGCGCAGAAUGCCAGUAGGAGGACUUCUCAGGAACGUUUCUCAGCACUUUGAUUUUAAAAGGAAGGCACUGAAGCAGACUUUCAAUCUAAAUCCAAAUCUGAUACUUCGAGGUGGAAUGAAGUUCUAUGAAUGUAAAGAAUGUGGGAAAAUCUUCCGAUAUAACUCAAAGCUUAUUCGGCAUCAGAUGAGUCAUACUGGGGAAAAGCCCUUUAAGUGUAAGGAGUGUGGCAAAGCUUUCAAGUCCAGCUAUGAUUGUAUUGUACAUGAGAAAAACCACAUUGGAGAAGGGCCCUAUGAAUGUAAGGAGUGUGGCAAAGGUUUGAGUUCCAACACAGCCUUGACUCAACAUCAGAGGAUCCACACUGGAGAGAAACCCUAUGAAUGUAAAGAGUGUGGAAAGGCUUUCCGUAGGAGUGCGGCAUACCUGCAGCAUCAGAGAUUACACACGGGAGAGAAACUCUAUAAAUGUAAGGAAUGUUGGAAAGCUUUCGGUUGUAGGUCACUUUUUAUUGUCCAUCAGAGAAUUCAUACUGGGGAGAAACCUUAUCAAUGUAAGGAGUGUGGCAAAGCCUUCACCCAGAAAAUAGCCUCCAUUCAGCAUCAGAGAGUUCACACUGGGGAGAAGCCUUAUGAAUGUAAGGUGUGUGGGAAAGCCUUCAAAUGGUAUGGAAGUUUUGUUCAGCAUCAGAAAUUGCACCCUGUGGAGAAGAAGCCAGUCAAGGUCCUUGGGCCAUCCCUGGUCAGUCCCCAGUGCCCCUCUCCAGCCAUACCUCCUGUUCUUCUCCAGGGAUCCUGUUCUGCUUCAGCCGUGGCUGUGCCUUCACUGACCUUUCCACAUGCUGUGCUCAUUCCUACCUCUGGGGAUUUGUUCAUGCUGCUGCCUACAUCUGGAAUACCUUCUUCAUCUGCCCAAAUAGUGCGUGUCUUCCAGGGUCUUACUCCCACUGUGAAACCUUCCCCAGUUAUUCUCACCCCUUCUUCUCACUCCUCAUGAGCUUUAUCUUGGCAGUCUUACGGCUCUUAUGCCUAGCAAAUCUCCAGCCUAAUUUUAUAUAUUUUUUUGAGAAAGGGUCUUGCUCUGUCACCCAGGCUAGAGUGCGGUGGUGUGAUCUUGGCUCACUGCAACCUCCCCCUCCUGGGUUCAAGCGAUUCUCCUCCUUCAGACUCUCGAAUAGCUGGGAUUACAGGCACGCCUCACCACGCCCAGCUAAUUUCUGUAUUUUUAGAAGAGAUGGGGUUUCGCCAUCUUGGCCAGGCUGGUCUCAAACACCUGACCUCAAGUGAUCCGCCUGCCUUGGCUCCCCAAAGUGCUGGGAUUACAGGAGUGAGCCACUGUGCCCAGCCUCCAACCUAAUUUGAGUUUCAUUUGUAUUUUUUUCAUCACCUUACAUGUGUUAACAGCUGUUUCAACAUAAACUCCAUUACAAUCUAUAUACAUUUAAAGACCGUGUUUACAUAAUCUCUUCUGGGUAGAAAAUGGAAAUACUUAACCUUUGCAUUGGUCCCUUUCAGGCUUGAACAACAGUGGCUGUAUCUGCAUCGUGGGGUUGCUGGUGGUAGAACACUUUGGUGUUAGGAAAGUUUGGAAAAGAGGAUAUCCCUGUAUUAGGCCAUUAUGAUUAGAGAUAAGCAGCCUGGGAGAAACAUACAAGACCUGUGGCUACUGGUAGAGAAUUGGAAUAAGCUUCCAACAAUGGACUGUAGAGAUUAAUGGAGAUUGUUUAGUGGGCCCAUGGCUAGGUGGGGUAUUAAUACAGUUGAAGUUAUGUUGCCCUUGGCACAGAUCUUUGAGAAUCUCAUACAUCUGUGAAAAAGAUAAUGUGAAAUAAACAGUAAAAAAAAAAAGUAUGUUGAUGGCAGUGAGAGUAAUCAUGUCUUUAAACGUGAAGUUUUUUUUCUUUAGUUUUGCUCUUGAUAGCUAGAUGUUUCUUUUAACUUUUAUUUCCUAAGUAAAUAUACACAAAGGCAUUCAUCUUUGUUGAAUCUGUUGUGCAGAUUUUUCUUGAUGAGCACUCUGGUUUUUUUUCUUUGUGAGCACUGGCUUCUAUAUUUUAUUUCAUAUUUAUGAAUUGUAAAUAUGAAUUUAAUUACUAAAGAAAUAAAAAUAAUGGUGUAAAGCCAACUCGAGGGGAAUCUGAAUAA